UAAUCACGUGAUAUGCCAAGCGCCCGGUCCCAUUGAUUAAAAUGGAAUCGAGCGAAGAACUUUUAAAGAACUUUUUUCUUUUUUUAAGAGAAGCCAUUUUGCCGGUGAUAACGCUCCGUAAUCGAGUUUUACUUUCAUCAGACUCCGGAGCGAAUUGAUGGGCUGAUGUGCCGGCGGCAGUUGGGCAACGUCUCACUUUUGUGGUUACGACGGCUCGCCCAUGGCCCAGGGGCGAGAGCAGAUAUGAAAGGGUCUGUCGUCAGGGCUUUACCUCUCACGUCACAAGCGAUAAGAUGGCGGGUAAGUAGGCAGGUAAGCUAUGUCCUGUGCACGGCAUAUACUACCCAUAUAGGAAGAGGAGGAAGAAAAGGCGUAGAAGUAUAAAUAAAAGCAUAAAAAUAAGACGGGUGGAUUGGGCGGAUUGUCG